CAGUCAUUCAGUUAUAUUAACGCAUAAACGAAUAUUAUAAUCAUCAUUAUAAUAUCGCUUACCGUCACUCUGCACCUAUAAUAUAAUAUACUUAUCGCUGCAGUAGCUUAUAUAUACACACAUAAAAUAUAUUAUACUCAUUCACGGAACAACUUCGAGUGGCCAUGCAGUGAUCGACCAAGGAGCAUAUUCCUAAAUAACAUAUAUCAUACCGCAUAUUAUAUUGGUUAAGAUAAUAACAACAAUAUUAUGUUUUUGUCGUACGCUACCGUGCCUUACACGAUACUUUUGAAUUUCUUCUUCCUGUACUCGCCCAUCGAAAUGGCGAUAAACGGCAUGAUUUACGAUACGUGCCAGGAGUGUCUGGAUGACAUUUGCCACCAUGAUUUGUGCAGGCCGUGCAUUUCCAGAUCCGACGGUGGGUACUUUUGUUUCACGUGUGAUCCCGAAAAUGGCAACCAACAGUUCUACUCCGAAGACGAAUGCAAUAAGGGUUGCACGGACAAGAAGAGUAUGUCGUGCGUUUGUACCGAUGCGUGUUUCGUGUGCAUCGCAAAUGAGGACAUAGGAAAUGCUAAUUUAGAGAAAUGCAAUUUGCUAACCAAGGAGGAACUGAACGUAACGUGCAAGUAAGUGCCGUACGGCACCAUCAGCACGCCGUUGUGAGAUUAGGUAUAAUUAAAAUAAUAGCUAUUAUGAUACAUAAUAUAUUUUCAAUUAUUAUUAUUGUUCUUAAAAAAAUAAUACCCCAUAAUAUUGGAAUAAUAUUUUAUAGUUAUAUAUAGACAUCCAAUCACCACCGUGAAGAAUUUAAUAUUGUUUUAACGGUUUUACUUCCUAUAAUAUUUUCGUAUAACAUAGGUAUAGCCUCCCCCCCCAUCACCGCCGCAAACCAUCUUCUAGCAUAAUUUUAUUAUUUUGCCACAGCAGUGGUGCGUAGACUUUUUUUAAAACUAUGCUCCCGCUUGGUAAUAUUAUAAAUUUAUAUAGGUAUGAAUGACAAAAUGUUCUCAAAAAUAUGUUCGCUUGUGUGAAAAAAAAACAACAAAAAUACAAAUUGCUCUAAACUAUAUUAUUGUUAUUCCACACUCUUUGCAAUUUUAUCUAAUGUAUUAUUUGUAUUACCUAUUUUAUUUUACAUGACAAUUAAUAGUUAAGGUUAUAAAUGUUCGUAAUAUUAUAUUAUGCGUAAUCGGCAUUUUAUAACUGUUUCAUUUUAGCUUGUUUAUUUAUUUAUUUUAUUUAUAUCUAGGUACUAAUCCGUUAUUACUUUUAUUUUAUUUUAUGUUUAUUACUUUUUACUUUUUACUUUUUAUUUUGUACACCAAUACCAUGCCAUAUGCAAUAAAAAAAAAUGUAAUCAGUGCACC